UCGCAAUGUUCAGUCAUAAUAGGUAUGUAAAUCUCCGUUCGCACGCUAAUACCUAAAGUGGGAAACUAAAAGAGACGUGCUAGUUUGGGAUAGCGCAGAAUUUACGCAACAACUAAGAAGAUAUGUCGUUAUCAUCAAAUUCGUUACAUUUAUUUUACUCGAUUCCCAUCGCUUUGGUGAUAUUUGCAGUGCGAUACUGUCUAGAACGAUGUUUCAAUCCCAUUGGCAAAGCGUUGGGUAUUAAACAGGGCAGAGGAAAAGCGGCCCAAAAUAAUUUGUUGGAAACGUCGUACGCGCCAGGCCAAAAAUUAGGACACGAAGAAAUUUUGGGUUUGGCUAAACAAUUAGACUGGAGCGAGCGCGAAGUCGAACGCUGGUUGAGAUUGCGCAAGAAUCAAGAUAAACCAUCAACGUUAGAUAAAUUCUGCGAAAGCUCAUGGCGUGUAUGCUAUUACUUUUGUUUUUUCAUCUUGGGCGUUUUUGUAUUGCACAGACAGUCUUGGUUGUUGGAUAUUAAUGAGUGUUGGAAUGGGUACCCAAAUCAGAAUCUAGACGACGACAUCUGGUGGUACAUUAUAAUAGCGCAAUCUUACUAUGUAUCUCUGUUGAUUAGUCAAUUCUUCGACAUUAAAAGAAAGGACUUUUGGCAAAUGUUUGCUCACCACAUUAUAACUAUCACAUUAAUGACAUUUGCUUGGAUUCUUCGUUUGCAGAGAAUAACUAGUUUAAUUUUGUUGGUCCACGAGUUUGCCGAUAUAUUUUUAGAUACUGCAAAGAUUCUAAAUUACGCAAGGUGCAAAAAGCUAUGUGACGUAAUAUUUAUGGUAUUUACAGCGCUCUGGAUCAUUACGCGAUUAGGUGUUUACCCGCUUUGGAUCAUACGAAGCACAAUAUGGGACGCUCCAAAGUUUCUAGAUUUAACAUCUUCCUUAUAUAAUUAUUACGUCUUUCUUAACGGUUUAUUAUUGUUAAUACUUUCACUGGAUAUAUAUUGGACUUAUAUGCUAAGCAAGGUCAUAUGUAAAUUUUGGAACUCUGGACAUGUUCAACGCGAUUCUAGAUCAAGCAGUUCUGAAAAUACAGACUAGUCUAAAUAG